UGUAUUUCUACUGAAGGUUGUACAUAUUUCUACUGGCACAACAGAUCCUGUUAUAUACUAAACACAGCCUCGCCUGGUAAACAUUCAGUAAAUAUUACAUCUAUUUACGUUGACGAUGUUCUCAAAGAUAAAUGUAAUCUAGAUGGGUAUGACGCCAUAUUUGGUGGAGUAUUGUGUGUAAAGAAAUAUGAUACACAAAUGAUAUGGGCAGACGCCAAGACAACUUGUGAACAAGAUGGUGGACAGUUACUUGUGAUGAGAACGAGUGUCUUCUAUAUAAAACUGGAGGCAUUGAAGUCACUUCAACCAUCUGUAGACGUGAAACAUUGGAUUGGCGGCAAUGAUCUGACUACAGAAGGCGAGUUUACAUGGAUAGAUGAUGGAUCAGAUGUAACCACCAAGGGAUGGUCAAUUGGCAAUCCAGAUAACACCAAUGGUAACGAAGAUUGUUUGCAAUUCAUGAUGCAUCUUGUGUUGAACGAUGACAAUUGUGACUUCCCUUGUUUUUUCCUUUGUGAGAAACCGUUAAUAUGAACUUAAUAAU